AUGGGUAAAAACAAGAAGAAGGCAGCUAAUAAUAGGAACAAUGUUGUGGUGAUUUCCAAGCCUCACGGGAAUGUUUCUGACAAUGCUUUACCCGAAGAAGAGAGCUCCGUCACUUCAAAAUUGACGGACAUUGAUCAAAAUGAAGCUGAAAAAUCUAACGAUAAUGAAAUAAAGGAAUUACGCCAACAGAUUGAGGAAUUGAAGUCCCAAAUAGUUUCUAGUGGAGAGAGUAAUGAAAACGAUGAUAAUCGCUCCAAGGAGUUGAGCAAAUUGACCGAAGAGCGCAAUCACUUUGAGCACCAAUACAAUACCCUACUUAACCGGUUAUCAUCUAUGAAAACGGUAUUUAGCAAGAUGAAGGAGGCUCAAGAAGAGUUAGAGACAUGCCAGGAUCAGCUGCGAGAAUACGAAACGCAGAACCUUAGCUUGAAAAAUAAAUUGGACAAUGCGCUGAGAGACAACUCUGAACUGACGAAAACGAUUUCGUCAUUAAAUAAAGAGGUUUUGGAUUUGAAUGACGAAUGUGAGUCGCUAACAAAAGAUUCAGAUGAUUUGCGCGAGCUGACCAAAGCUUUGAAGAAAGACCUUGAAGGGUCGCGUUCCGAAACUUCUACACAAUUAGAGGAGGCCAAACGAGGUAAGCAACAACUAAUUGGAAAAAUGCAAGAAAUGGAACUCUUACUGGCAAAUAAGAAUCAAGACGUACGUACGCUUUCGCAGGAGCUUGAGAGCGUGAAAAUUACGCGUGAUGCCGCCGUCGAAGCGCGUAAGACUUUGGAGACGAAAUUACGCGAAACGGAGACCCUGUUAGUGCAAGAAAAAGAACUGAGAACCAGGGAAUUCAGUUCCAAAGACGCAGAAGCAGAUGGAUUGUCGCGGCAAAUUAAUUCCUUGACCGACACAAUUGCCAAAUUAGAGAAACAGAACGCGGAAUUAAAAUCGACCAUCGAAAAGCUGAAACCAGAAUCUCAAGCCAAGGAACAAUUACAACAAGAAUGUAAGGAAAAAACGCUCCAGAUUGGGAAGUUGCGCCACGAAGCUAUCAUUCUCAAUGAGCACCUAACUAAGGCGCUCGCGAUGCUCAAGACAAGUAAUGAUUCCGAAAGUGUCGACAAAGAGCUUAUUUCCAAUCUUCUCAUAUCAUUUGUGGCAAUUCCUCGCGGAGAUUCCAAAAAGUUUGAAGUCUUAGAAUUGAUUUCCAGUUUUUUAAGCUGGGAUAACGACAAAAAACGUCAAGCUGGUCUUCUCCGUACUGCGAAUGGGCUAAACGAUGUCAAAUCGGGAUCUAGAACUGAAAGCUUUGUUUCAAUGUGGACUGAGUUUCUCGAGAAAGAAAGCGAGAAGUAA